AAUUGAACUUAAAGAAUACACGAAUCAAAUAUGUCAGACUACUGGUUAAACUAUUUGGUUAAUCCUACUUUGUCUGUGUUACCCCAUGACUAUUUAAAACCAGCAAACAACAAAUCCGUAGAAGGUACUUAUACAUUCGACAUCCCAGGCAAGUCCAGCGAUGACUUUAUCUUUGGCUUGUCCGUGUUUGCUGCUUUGGUCUACAGAUUGACCGGUGACGAAGAUAUAGUGCUUGCUACCGAUGCUCCCAACGAUCCUACUGAGUUCAUCAUCAGAUUGAACUUGACCCCGGAAAUCACCUUUGGUGAUCUUGUUGCUAAAAUAACCAGUGAAUACGAAACUAGUCGUAGUCAUGUCAACUACAAAACCUUAUCAGAAGUUUCCCAGACGAUUAAAGAUGCUAACAAAUUAGAGACAAACCCGGCUUUGUUCAGAUUGUCCUAUCAACAUGCCAAUGAAAACCAACAAUUGAAUACCACCGUUGAAGGGUCAAUUCGUGAUUUAGCCGUGUAUACCGACGGUAAAAAGUUUACCAUCUUUUACAAUGCGUUGUUAUAUUCUCAUGACAGAAUUGUGAUAUUGGGUGAACAAUUUAACCAAUACAUCUCCAGUGUUUCUGAAAACCAAGACAUUGCCAUCACCAAAGUCAAUUUGGUUACAGAAUCACAAAGAGCACAAUUACCUGAUCCUACUUUGGAUUUGGAUUGGUCGGGAUACAGAGGUGCCAUUCAAGACAUCUUUAUGGCCAAUGCUGAAGCCCACCCAGACAGAACCUGUGUUGUUGAAACCGAGUCCUUCAUGGACCCUAGCUCCAAAACUCGUACAUUUACUUAUCAACAAAUCAAUCAGGCUUCCAACAUAGUUGGUAACUACUUGAAGGAAACCGGGAUCAAAAAGGGCGAUGUGGCUAUGAUUUACGCAUACAGAGGUGUCGAUUUGAUGAUUGCCGUCAUGGGUGUGUUGAAAGCUGGGGCCACUUUCUCCGUCAUUGAUCCAGCAUAUCCACCAUCUAGACAAAACAUUUAUCUUUCAGUCGCUAGACCACGUGCAUUGAUUGGAUUGGAAAAAGCUGGACAAUUGGAUCAAUUGGUCGUUGAUUACAUCAAGGAUGAGUUGGAUGUCAUUUCCACCAUUCCGCAAUUGCGAGUUAAUGACGAUGGUUCUUUAGUUGGUGGGUCCAUCGAAGGAAGUUCUGGUGAUUGCCUUGCCGACUAUCAAAAGUUCAAGGAUCAAAGAACUGGUGUCAUUGUUGGUCCCGACUCCAAUCCUACUUUGUCGUUCACUUCAGGAUCCGAGGGUAUCCCCAAGGGUGUUUUGGGUCGUCAUUAUUCGUUGGCUUAUUACUUCCCCUGGAUGGCCAAGAGAUUCAACUUGUCAGAAAAUGACAAGUUUACGAUGUUGUCGGGUAUUGCCCAUGAUCCAAUUCAAAGAGAUAUGUUUACACCAUUGUUCUUGGGGGCACAAUUGUUGGUUCCUACUGCUGAUGAUAUUGGUACUCCUGGUAAAUUAGCCGAAUGGAUGGCCAAAUACGGAGCUACCGUGACCCAUUUGACUCCAGCAAUGGGUCAAUUGUUAAGUGCUCAGGCGUCUACACCAAUUCCAAGUUUACACCAUGCCUUUUUUGUGGGUGACAUUUUAACCAAGAGAGAUUGUUUGAGAUUACAAAGCUUAGCCGAGAAUGUCUACAUUGUGAAUAUGUACGGUACCACCGAAACCCAAAGAGCCGUUUCGUACUUUGAAAUCAAGAGCAGAGCAAGCGACUCGUUAUACUUGAAGAACUUGAAGGACGUGAUGCCAGCCGGUACUGGGAUGCACAAUGUGCAAUUGUUAGUAGUUAACAGAAACGACCGGUCCCAGACGUGUGGUGUCGGUGAAAUUGGGGAGAUUUACGUUCGUGCUGCUGGUUUGGCCGAGGGGUAUCGUGGCUUGCCGGACAUGAAUGCCGCCAAGUUCAUUACUAACUGGUACGUGGACCCUAGUCAAUGGGUUAAGCAGGAUGAAGCUAACAAGAAUCCGGAACAGACUUGGAGAGAGCAUGGUUGGUUUGGUCCAAGAGAUAGAAUGUACAGAUCAGGGGACUUAGGUCGUUAUUUGCCAGAUGGGAAUGUUGAAUGUUGUGGUAGAGCUGAUGAUCAGGUGAAAAUCAGAGGGUUUAGAAUUGAGUUGGGAGAAAUCGAUACUCAUUUAUCGCAACAUCCAUUAGUUAGAGAAAAUGUUACCUUGGUCAGAAGAGAUAAGAAUGAAGAACCAACUUUGAUUUCGUACAUUGUUCCUAAAGAGUCUCCAGAGUUGCACAAUUUCAAAUCGGAAAUCGAUGAUUCGGCCGAAGAAGCCAAUGAUCCAAUUGUGAGAGGAUUAGUCGCCUACCGUGAAUUAAUCAAGGAUAUCAAGGCGUAUUUGAAGAAAAAGUUGGCUUCGUAUGCUAUUCCAACCAUCAUCGUCCCCUUGGUUAAAUUACCCUUGAAUCCAAAUGGUAAAGUUGACAAGCCAAAGUUGCCAUUCCCGGAUACGGUUCAAUUAGCCGCUGUUUCCAAGUUGAGUAUUUCCAAACAACAAGGAGAAGAAAUCGAACAAGAGAAACUCACUGCGUUGGAACAACAAAUCAAGGACUUGUGGUUUGAAGUGUUGCCUAACCGACCAGCCACCAUUUCUAAACAGGAUUCAUUCUUUGAUUUGGGAGGUCAUUCGAUUUUGGGUACCCGUAUGAUUUUCGAAUUGAGAAAGAAAUUGAAUGUGGAAAUUCCUUUGGGUGUUAUCUUUAAGAAUCCAACCGUUGAGCAAUUUGCCCGCGAGGUGGAGACUAUUAUCAAGGGUAAUGAUGUUGUCGAAUUGGCUGAUGAAGGUGAAACUGAAAGAGAAGCCAAGAAAGAAGAACCAGUUAUUAACUAUGCCAAGGAUGCCGUUGAAUUAUCCAAGUCUGCAUUAUUAUCCAGCUAUCCAUCAUUGAAGGGGCUUGACAGUUCCAAGACCAUCAAUGUGUUUGUUACUGGUGCCACUGGAUUCUUGGGUUCAUUUAUUGUUCGUGAUUUGUUGACUUCUCGUAAGGGUUUGGACAUUAGAGUUUUUGCUCAUGUGAGAGCAUCUUCGGUUGAAGCUGGGUUGGACAGAUUACGUCAAACUGGUACCACAUAUGGUAUCUGGGAUGAAGAGUGGACUUCCAAGAUUGAAGUUGUUUUAGGAGAUUUAUCCAAGAAGCAAUUUGGAUUGGCUGACGAUGCAUGGACUAAAUUGACCAACACUGUUGAUGUGAUUAUCCAUAAUGGUGCUUUUGUCCAUUGGGUCUAUCCAUACUCUCAAUUGCGUGAUGCUAAUGUCAUUGGUACUAUUAACGUUCUUAACAUGGCUGGUGAAGGUAAAGCCAAGUAUUUCUCAUUUGUCUCAUCCACAUCUGCGUUGGACACUGAUUAUUUUGUCAACUUGUCCGAUGAGUUGUUAGCUCAAGGUAAACAAGGUAUUUCAGAAGCUGACCAAUUAGCUGGUUCUGCUAAGGGGUUGGGUAAUGGGUAUGGACAAUCUAAAUGGGCUGCUGAGUUCAUAAUUAGACGUGCUGGAGAACGUGGAUUAAAGGGUUGCAUCACUAGACCUGGUUACGUUACUGGGUUCUCCGAGACUGGUGCUUCUAACACCGAUGAUUUCCUUUUGAGAAUGCUUAAAGGGUCAGCUGAGUUAGGGUUGUACCCUGACAUCACCAACAAGGUCAACAUGGUUCCUGUCGAUCAUGUUGCUCGAGUAGUUACUGCUACUGCAUUGCACCCACCGGUUGAAUCGGAAUUGGCUGUUGCCCACGUUACUGGUCAUCCAAGAAUCCACUUCAAUGAUUUCUUGGGAUGCUUGAAGACAUAUGGAUACGAAGUCAACCUGGCUGAUUAUCCGGUUUGGAAGACUGCAUUGGAGAAAUAUGUGGUUGAACAAGCCAACGAGUCUGCUUUAUUCCCAUUGUUGCAUUUUGUGUUGGAUAACUUGCCACAAGAUACCAAGGCACCGGAAUUGGAUGAUACUAAUGCCGCCACUUCUUUGAAGUUGGAUGCUGAAUGGAGUGGAGUUGAUGCCAGUGAGGGUAAGGGUGUGACUCCUGAUCAAACUGGUGUUUACAUUAGUUAUUUGAUCAAGAUUGGGUUUUUGCCUGGUCCUACUGGCACAGGUGAAAAGAAGUUGCCUGAAGUUGAGUUGAGUAAAGAGACUUUGAGUUUGAUUAGUCAAGGUGCCGGUGGGCGUGGAUCUGCUGCCAAGUAAGCAUGUAAAUAUAUAACUACAACUAUCACUAUACAUAAACAUUAAGAUAAACAUGAAGAUAAAC